UGAUGGAUGGACACCUCCUUCUGCCUGCAAGUCUGGACACACGGUGCAGCCUUUGUUCAGCUGAGGUUAACAGGAACACAUAAUUUACAAAAUGGCCAGUUUUAUCCAGCUUGAAAAAAACUUCCAUUUCAUGGUCUCACUCACCUGAACUGUCUUCCACCUUCAUUUGUCAACUCGUUGUUGCUGUUGCCUCCAGUCAAAAUCAAAGAAAAUUGCCUCUUGCUCAUUUUGCCACCCUUUGUACCCAGAAAACUGCUGCAACUUGUGGAACCUGUGGAGCCUGCAACCUGAAGCACAGCCAUCCCUACUAAAAUUCCCAGUUGCCACCAAUGCCUGUGCUUGGGACAGUCCUGCUUGUUGCUCACAAAAAAGCUUCAUGCCCCCCAUUCUGGAGCAGCCUGCACCAUGCCAGAUCUGUGUAGGUCCUUGUUCCUCUGCUGGAACACUGUUGUGGAAGGCAGGGUGGCACACAUCACCUCCUCCAAGCCUUCUUGAGCAAUAAUUCUAUUUUAAUAUCCUGACUGAGAAUUACCAGGACAAGCCACCUUCCUCCCAGGCAUCCACAUUCACAUUUGGGCUGGAUUGCACCACUCCUGGCAGAAGUGACAGUACUCAUAGACCCAGGCAGCCUGGACCCUUAGACUCUUGCUCCUUGAGCAGGCUAACCUUCCUCAUUUUCCAGCAAUGUAGUAGAUGGGAUUCACCCUUGCUCUCCAAUAAUGGGAUCUCCUGUCCAUUGUUUAUUUCUUCUGAAGUGUAAUGAAUGGCCUUUGUAGAACUUUGCCUCCCAGCAUCACGCUGACCCAAACCUGCUGUUUGCAGUGUUGUGGCCUCAUUGUUGUGAAACGACUCCUGUUCCUCAUAGCCAUAAUUCUCCCCCUUUCUCCACUGAUAGUGAUGACAGAAAUAUUUCUACCUUCCCAUUUUGCUUGGGUUUUGUUUGGUGUUUGUUUCUGAUUUUGUCUGCAGGGCUUCCCAUGUUCCCUCAGAGUGCUUCAAUUCAGCAAUCCCAAACAGAAGCUCUCCAGAGUCCUUCCUAUAUGGAUGCCAUUAAGAGGCAUGGUUCUGGCUCUUACAAGAAACAAAGACCACAGACCUUGCCAAUUCAGUUCAAACUCUGGACUAAAGCAUUCAGGUGCUUCCCUUAGAGAACAGCCCUGACAGAAGCUGCUAUAGAGCCGUGCAAUAAUAGAGAGAGUGCUAGAAGAGCAGCCUUACCUCACUGUUUUUAUUUUGGCCACUGAGUUCUUUUGUGAAGAAUGCACUUACUACUACUGCUGGGAGCUGGGAGAGCAGAAAUAAUAAGAUGGUCACCUUGUUAGCCAAGGAUUAGGCCCAAGCAGUAUAUAUUUAAUUAGACUUUAAAGAGCUUAUUUCAAUAUUAGGAGAUACACUCCUUCCCUGUUGCUGCUGCCUCAAUAGAAUUGUUUCAGUAAGUGUUCUGUUUAUCAAGAGAGAGUGUUUCCAGACAUUGUGAGUACUCAGUUUUUGUUUAAGGUAGAUUAGGAAGAGGAAAGUUGACCCAAAGCUCUUGUAGAGGUCAUCUAAUCUCUUUGGUUGAGAAGAUCUGUCCUCCUCCCACAGACUCAUCUUCAGCAUUAUAAAGGAAUACAUCUUCCUGAUGACAAGCUCUCUUUGCAGGGGUACCUCAAACUUGGUUAAUCAAGAAGCAGCACCUUCUAUUACAAAAACUUAAGAGACACAUGAGAAAUUAGGGUGCUGCUUACACAUCUUUGGACUACUACUUACCCACAAGAUCCAGGGCAUUCACGAUGAGCAUUAGUGAAGACGACGUGGAGAAGUUUCUUGAUGGCAACCCUGCUUUUGCCAAGCAGUAUUUUGAGAAGAAACUAAAAACAGAGUCCUGGGAUAACAAUGAGAGUGAAAUACUUUUCGAGUUGAUCCAAGACAUGCAAGAAAGCAUCAACAUGGAGAAAGUUGUUUUCAAGACCUUGAGAAGAAUCAGGUCCCUUAUCCAUGCUGACCGCUGCAGUCUCUUCAUGUACAGGCAGAGAAAUGGCACUCCUGAACUGGCAACAAGGCUUUUCAACAUCCAGGAGGGAAGUACUCUGGAGGAAUGCCUGGUCUCCCCAGACUGCGAGAUUGUCUAUCCGCUGGACAUAGGCAUCGUGGGCCAUGUUGCUCAAACCAAGAAAACCAUGAACAUCAAGGAUGUCCGUGAGUGUGCCCAGUUCAGCCCAUUUGUUGAUGAGCUCACCGACUACACUACAAAAAACAUCCUUGCGACACCCAUCCUGAAUGGCAAGGAUUUGGUUGCUGUCAUUGUGGCUAUAAAUAAGCUGAAUGGUCCACACUUCACCAGCUCUGAUGAAACACUUUUUCUGAAGUAUCUGAAUUUUGCAUCCUUGAACUUGAAAAUUUAUCACUUGAGUUAUCUUCACAACUGUGAGACUCGAAGAGGCCAGGUGCUGUUGUGGUCAGCUAAUAAGGUUUUCGAGGAACUGACGGACAUUGAGAGGCAGUUCCACAAGGCUUUUUAUACGGUGAGGGCAUAUCUGAACUGUGACAGGUACUCAGUCGGUCUCCUGGACAUGACAAAGCAGAAGGAAUUUUUUGACCUGUGGCCAGUCCUGUUGGGAGAAGUACCUCCCUACUCAGGACCUCGAACCCCGGAUGGCAGGGAAAUAGUCUUUUACAAGGUCAUUGAUUAUAUAUUACAUGGAAAAGAAGACAUUAAAGUCAUCCCAAAUCCUACCCCGGAUCACUGGGCACUAGUUACUGGACUGCCAGCCUAUGUGGCUGAAAGUGGAUUUAUUUGCAACAUUAUGAAUGCUGCUGCAGAUGAGAUGUUUAACUUUCAGGAAGGUCCUCUAGAUGAAUCAGGAUGGACUAUCAAAAACGUUCUCUCCAUGCCAAUAGUGAAUAAAAGGGAAGAAAUUGUUGGUGUUGUCACAUUUUAUAACAGAAAAGAUGGGAAACCGUUUGAUGAACAGGAUGAAACCCUCAUGGAGUCCUUGACGCAGUUCCUGGGUUGGUCUGUACUCAACACAGACACAUAUGAUAAGAUGAACAAGCUGGAGAACCGCAAGGACAUUGCUCAGGACAUGGUGCUCUACCACGUGAAAUGUGACAAGGAUGAAAUCCAGGAAAUUCUGCCAACACGGGAAAAGCUGGGGAAGGAGCCAAAUGAGUGUGACGAAGAGGAGCUGGCAAGCAUUCUGAAAGAAGAACUCCCAGGACCCACUAAGUUCGAAAUCUAUGAGUUCAGGUUCUCGGAUUUUGACUGCACUGAGCUAGAACUGGUGAAGUGUGGCAUUCAGAUGUACUACGAGCUUGGCGUGGUGAAAAAGUUCCAGAUCCCACAGGAGGUUCUGGUAAGGUUUGUGUACUCUGUCAGCAAAGGCUACCGGAAGAUAACUUACCACAACUGGCGUCAUGGCUUCAAUGUAGCACAGACCAUGUUCACGCUCCUGAUGACUGGCAAACUGAAGCGUUACUACACUGACCUCGAAGCCCUUGCAAUGGUAACUGCGGCUCUGUGCCAUGAUAUUGACCACAGGGGAACCAACAACCUCUACCAAAUGAAAUCUCAAAACCCUUUAGCUAAACUUCAUGGAUCCUCUAUUUUAGAGAGACAUCACUUGGAAUUUGGAAAAUUCUUGCUCUCUGAGGAGUCACUGAAUAUAUGCCAGAACCUCAACCGCAGACAGCAUGAGCAUGUGAUUCACCUGAUGGAAAUUGCCAUUAUAGCAACAGACCUGGCACUCUACUUCAAAAAGAGAACGAUGUUUCAAAAGAUCGUUGAUGAGUCUAAGACUUAUGACAGUGUGACUGCCUGGACUGAAUAUCUGUCUCUGGAGACAACAAAGAAAGAGGUUGUCAUGGCCAUGAUGAUGACUGCCUGUGACUUGUCAGCUAUCACAAAGCCUUGGGAAGUCCAGAGUAAGGUAGCUCUACUGGUAGCUGCUGAGUUCUGGGAGCAAGGAGAUUUGGAAAUAAGCGUCCUUCAGCAACAGCCCAUUCCCAUGAUGGACCGAAGAAAAGCUGCUGAGCUUCCAAAGCUUCAAGUGGGUUUCAUUGACUUUGUGUGCACAUUUGUCUAUAAGGAAUUUUCCCGUUUCCAUGAGGAAAUUCAGCCUAUGCUUGAUGGGCUGCUGAACAACAGAAAUGAGUGGAAGACCCGUGCUGAUGAGUAUGAUGCAAAAGUUAAAGCUCUGGAGGAAGAGAAGAAAAAAGAGGAAGAGAGAAUGGCUGCAAAAAGAGGUGAAAUAACAUGCAAUGGAGGAACAGCUCCCGCUUCCAAAACCUGUAGCAUACUUUAAACCUAUUCUCACUGCAAGAUAUGCCACAAAAAAUGAGGAUGCCCAUAAUUAAAAAAAAAAAAAAAAAAAAAAAAAAAAA